CCGGAAUCACUCUUCUUCGAGUUGCAGUCAAACGAGCAAAACCCUAGAAGCUAGUCUUCGUCGGAGAUUUUUCUUUUUCCGAUGAGGACAAGCGGUGACGUAUAUGGAGCAGAUGCUGGUUCUUCAAGAAGUGAUGAAGAUAGAGGGUUUAAGGAUGAGCUCAAUGAACCCGCUAGCCCGAUGAGAAAUCGCCACGACGAUUCGAAUUCACGACCUGGGUCUCAGAGAUCCGUCAAGAGCUUGAGAAAAGAGGACGAGACUGAUUCAGAUUCUUCUUCUUCUAAGACCAGAAACAACCCAAUUCAGUACACCGAUAAACAACAAGCCGAGCUUUUGAGAAAGCUUGAUUCUAUUAAAGAUCAUCUUCUCCGUGGUGGAGGUAAUGCUAAUGUGGCUGAUCAGCCACCACCACCACCAAUGGGUUUCCAUGGUCAUGGUCCUCCUUAUUACAAUCCAUACCCUGAGCCAUUUCCUUAUGGAAUGUAUCCUACCGCGAGUAACCCGCCUCAUGUUCCAGCUUAUAGAGACCCUUAUGGAUUCCCAGUGCAUAGAGUACCUCAAAACUUUUAUCAAGGACCAGGUCAUUACCCUAAUCAGAUGCCGCCUCGUCCUCCAUAUCCUCAAGGACAGUAUGUAGACAUUGGUCCUGAUAUACUUGACCCACAGUUACAGGACCCUAGAUUCUUUCCGGGUACGCCGAGUAGGUACGGUGAUGUCCCAUUUAGCCCGGCUAAGCACCACGGUGAGAAAGUUGGACCCUUUAGUCCACAUGGUGGUGUUCAAGGUCAUCACACGAGGUGGCCUAGUGAUAUUGAUUCUGAAAUGGGUGGUGCUUUUGCUCGUGGGUAUGUUCAAAAAGUUGUGUCGGAUACUGAUUCACGUCGUUGCCAUCCUCUAGCAGGCGGUGCGCCUUUUAUUGCUUGUCACAAUUGCUUUGAGCUGCUCUAUGUGCCUAAGAAGAAGCUUCUUGGUCAGGAAAGGCAACAAAAGCUGCAAUGUGGUGCUUGUUCUGAGGUUAUCAGUUUCACAGUUGUUGAUAAGAAGCUUGUUUUUUCCUCUUCUGCCCUGGGGGAAACUACAAACCGGGUUUCUGUAGAGGUUGAAGAUAGAAGCGCACCAAGCACUGUGGUAGAUGAUUAUCCACUUAAGGAUGAGGAACCAAGAAUACACCAGGAAACGAAAAUUCUCCAUGCUGUAUCGCCUAGUCAACACUCAGACGACGAAGACAGGUCAAGCAUUUCUAGUGAGUCGCAGAAACAGGUCGUCAAGUCUGUUCGUCGCAGAGCCCAAGGCGCGAAAGUUCCUCCUCGUCCUCCUCCUGAAAAUUCCAAUCUUCUUGAGCUCUUUGAGUAUUCUAAUGUAAACCGAGCUGCAAUCACUUACGGAAUGGCGCAGUUAGGGUACAAUAAGCAAGAAUCCUACAGGAAACAAGACUCCCUGAAUUCAGAAUCAGUAGCUACUGAAACAGAUGUUUCUUAUAAUGAGUACUAUACUAACACUGAGGUGUCUGAAGAUUCAAGGAUCUCAAAAGCCAGCAAAGACGAGAGAAGACCAAGAAACCGAAAGCAGAGUAGUGAGUACAGUUUCCCAGAGGUCACAAAUAAAAUCAGCUCUAACGACCAAAACGACGAGCAGUUAGAGGUUUGGGUGAACGGGCAUCUGAUAGCGGAAGAUCUGGUUAUCAGCGCUGAGAAACAAGCUGGACCAGUUCAAGCUGGCAAAUACUGGUAUGAUUACCGUGCUGGGUUCUGGGGAGUGAUGGGAAACCCGUGUCUCGGUAUAAUACCACCAUUUAUCGAAGAGUUUAGUCGCCCAAUGCCGGAUAACUGCGGUGCAGGAAACACGAGCGUGUUUGUAAACGGAAGAGAGCUUCACGAGAGAGAUCUAGAGUUACUUUCAAGAAGAGGUCUUCCUCGAGGCAAGAAUCGUUCUUAUAUCAUUGAUAUAUCAGGAAGAGUUCUUGAUGGAGACUCUGGUGAAGAACUUAAAAGCCUUGGCAGAUUAGCUCCAACGGUUGACAAGGUUAAGCAUGGAUUUGGCAUGAGAGUUCCAAGAUCAUUAGUUUCAUGAAGCUUCAUCAGCCUCUCUGGCUUGGAUUAAAAUGUAAAUUGUUGU